GGGUGUAAUUCAGAAAAAAACGCCAGCCAGUUUGAUCGAAGGUGCGGCAGAUUAAAAGUGAAGUAGCAAUUAAACGGUUAUAUUUUAGUACUUUCUAAGAAACAACACACAAGAUGUCUAAAGCUCCUGCUGUUGGUAUUGAUUUGGGCACCACCUACUCGUGCGUGGGCGUGUUCCAGCAUGGCAAGGUCGAGAUCAUCGCCAACGACCAGGGUAAUCGUACCACUCCAUCCUAUGUUGCCUUCACCGAUACGGAGCGUCUGAUCGGAGAUGCCGCCAAGAACCAGGUGGCGAUGAACCCGACCCAGACGAUCUUCGACGCCAAGCGCUUGAUUGGUCGCAAGUUCGAUGAUGCCGCCGUGCAGUCUGACAUGAAGCACUGGCCCUUCGAGGUGGUCAGCGCCGAUGGCAAGCCCAAGAUCGAGGUGACCUACAAGGACGAGAAGAAGACCUUCUUCCCCGAGGAGAUCUCUUCGAUGGUGCUUACCAAGAUGAAGGAGACCGCCGAGGCCUAUCUGGGCAAGACUGUGACCAACGCGGUCAUCACCGUGCCGGCCUACUUCAACGACUCUCAGCGUCAGGCGACCAAGGACGCCGGCACCAUCGCCGGUCUGAACGUGCUGCGUAUCAUCAACGAGCCCACUGCCGCUGCUAUCGCUUACGGUCUGGACAAGAAGGCUGUUGGAGAGCGCAACGUGCUCAUCUUCGAUCUGGGCGGCGGCACCUUCGAUGUGUCCAUCCUGUCGAUCGAUGACGGUAUCUUUGAGGUCAAGUCCACGGCCGGAGAUACGCAUCUGGGUGGUGAGGACUUCGACAACCGUCUGGUCACCCACUUCGUGCAGGAGUUCAAGCGCAAGCACAAGAAGGAUCUGACCACCAACAAGCGUGCUCUGCGUCGUCUGCGCACCGCUUGCGAGCGUGCAAAGCGUACCCUGUCGUCCUCCACCCAGGCCAGCAUUGAGAUCGACUCUCUGUUCGAGGGUACCGACUUCUACACCUCGAUUACUCGUGCCCGUUUCGAGGAGUUGAACGCUGAUCUGUUCCGCAGCACCAUGGACCCCGUGGAGAAGGCUCUGCGUGACGCCAAGCUGGACAAGUCGGUCAUCCACGACAUUGUGCUGGUCGGUGGCUCCACCCGUAUCCCCAAGGUGCAGCGCCUGCUGCAGGAUCUGUUCAAUGGCAAGGAGCUGAACAAGUCGAUCAAUCCCGAUGAGGCUGUGGCCUACGGUGCUGCCGUCCAGGCCGCCAUUCUGCACGGCGACAAGUCGCAGGAGGUGCAGGAUCUGCUGCUGCUCGAUGUGACUCCUCUGUCCCUGGGUAUCGAAACCGCUGGCGGUGUGAUGAGCGUGUUGAUCAAGCGCAACACCACCAUCCCGACCAAGCAGACCCAGACCUUCACCACCUACUCGGACAACCAGCCCGGUGUGCUGAUCCAGGUGUACGAGGGAGAGCGUGCCAUGACCAAGGACAACAACCUGCUCGGCAAGUUCGAGCUGUCGGGCAUCCCCCCCGCACCACGUGGUGUGCCCCAGAUCGAGGUCACCUUCGAUAUCGAUGCCAACGGUAUCCUCAACGUGACUGCCCUGGAGCGUUCGACCAACAAGGAGAACAAGAUCACCAUUACCAACGACAAGGGUCGUCUCUCCAAGGAGGACAUCGAGCGCAUGGUCAACGAGGCCGAGAAGUACCGCAACGAGGAUGAGAAGCAGAAGGAGACCAUUGCCGCCAAGAACGGCCUCGAGUCGUACUGCUUCAACAUGAAGGCCACCCUCGACGAGGAUAACCUGAAGACCAAGAUCUCGGACUCUGACCGCACCACAAUCCUGGACAAGUGCAACGAGACCAUCAAGUGGCUGGAUGCCAACCAGCUGGCUGACAAGGAGGAGUACGAGCACCGCCAGAAGGAACUGGAGGGUGUGUGCAACCCGAUCAUUACCAAGCUAUACCAGGGCGCCGGUUUCCCACCCGGUGGCAUGCCCGGCGGUCCCGGAGGUAUGCCCGGAGCGGCUGGUGCCGCUGGCGCUGCCGGAGCCGGCGGUGCUGGCCCCACCAUCGAGGAGGUCGACUAAACCAUUCACCCCCACACCUCAAUGCAACCAUACAGUAACAGUUCUCCAAACAAUUUACCAACCAAACACAGUAGAAGAGUUGCUUAAACAAACUUGGAUUCUAAAUUAGGAACUCGCCAAACAUACAAACGGGUCAAACGACAACUGCUCCCCGUAGUUCAUUUAUAUAAAUUAUAAAUUCAUACUAGAACAAAACCAAACACACUGCUCCAUAAUAGUAUAUAUUAUAUUAUUGUCAUCGAUCGAUCAUCCAAACUAUUUGCUUGUACUUGAAUUCAAUAAAUAAAUUUGAGAAUUGC